UUCAAAAAUAUCUUCUUGAUGCUUACUAUAUUCAGCAACAAAAAAUAGCAAUGAGUCUGACUAUUAUACAAGAUCAACAAUUAAGCAUUUUAGAUGAAUCAAUUACACCUUCUAUGUCAGCUUUAAAUUAUUCAAUUGUUUCAAACAAUAAUUAUUUUACAUGCUUACCAAUUGAUGCAUAUGAAUUUAAUAAAUUAUUAUUGGAGAGUAUAAUAGAAGGUGGCACACCUCUUUCAUUCAUGGAUUCAAAAAAAUUUAAACAAUUUGUUUACUCAAUUAAUACAAAUUAUCAUGUCCUAGCAAGAAGACAACUUUUAAAAAAUGUUCUUAAUAAUGUUUACAAAAAGGUUCAAAUGACAAUUAAGCAAUUUAUUUGCAAAUCUGAUUAG